AAGCCCUAAACCCCCGUCUCUCUUUGGAGCUUUCAGCGAAACAAACAAGAGAACUCGAAAGUUGAGAAGAUGAAUCACGUGGCAGCAAUGGAGGAACAAAUAGUAUCGGAGAGAAUGAGAAAGAAACUUGAAGAAGUAAAUGCAGCUGCUCAAAGCCAUCUUUUUCCUGUACAAGACCAUAUCAAUUUCACCCUCCAGCAAGCAUACUUCAAAUGUGCAUAUGAUUGCUUUGAUAGGAGAAGAAAGCAAGAAGACAUUAGCAAUUGUGUUGAACAUUGCAGUGUGCCAGUUAUGAGAGCUCAGCAACACUUUGAGAAUGAGAUGGCCAGGUUUCAAGAGCGAUUGAAUAGGUCUCUAAUGGUUUGCCAAGACAAGUUUGAGUCGGCAAAGCUCCAAAAGAUUGGCACCGAAGCAGUAAAUGAUUUGGAGUCAUGCGUUAACCAGUCGAUAGAUGAAAGCGUCAAGACGCUGCCUCAUCUUGUUGGAAAAUUGAAGACUGAAUUCUCUAUCAAGGAUUAAGCCAAAUGAGCAAUACAAUAAUGCUCUAAAUACAUUGUGUGGUUAGUCUAGUAUUAACCGAUACAAAAAAAAACUAUAUGCAUUUACAAUGAGUACUAAGUGAUACUUUUUUGUCUGUUUUCUUUAAAGAAGUUGAGUUCUAUUAUGCAACGGCUUGAAAGGUCGAAAGAGAUGGAAUUAUUAUUUAUAUAUGCUCAGAAUCUGUCUUACCAAUUGAUGUUAAUUGUGAAUUUUGGCCUUUAGAAAUGGCCUCUUCAUAAUAUAAAAUGAUGCAUUUGAAAUUUGCA